ACCCCAGCUUAUUUAAGGGAAUUUGAAAUAUUUUAUUGGGAUCUAUCCAGUUUUGUUAAGUGUUCUAAUAAACCGUUUAGUCUAAGGCAAGAGCCUGUGACAAAGCCCAGUUUCCCACAAAUUAGAGACCGAACUGUCUAAAACUGAUUAGGUCAUCUAUCUUGGCUCCAAUCUGAACAGUCUCAAAAUUUCCUUUAAGGACCGCCUUUUGCAAACAGGAUGCUAAGCGCACGUGUCUUCUCCAAGUCCCAGAUAAGGGAAGCGCAGCUAUGCCGGAGCAGUAUCCCUCCUACGCGAUAGGGGGCAGUCGACUUCCAGAGACUGGUUUCUCUCAACCCUCCACCGGGGGAACGUCACGACCGCCUCUCGCCGCCUCUCCACUCCACUGGUGCGCAGGCGCGGACGGGAGCGCGCACCGAGCCGCUGAGGGAGGGGGUCAGGAACUCUGACCCCCCCCCGCCCCCAAAUACACAAACCCAGAAAGCUCCGUCUCCACUUUUUUAACCCUCCCCGCUCCAGCUUUUUCCAGUCUGUUUGCCUGGAGGACCCCUACCCCAUCCCGUCCCAGCAGCCGCCGCACACGACUGUCCGGUUUACGCCCAGCGUAGGACGCCGCUCGGCAGAGAAGCGCCGGACACUGGUAAUCAAAUCAUGGCAUCCAUAGAAGAAAUUGCACAUCAAAUUAUCGAACAACAAAUGGGAGAGAUUGUUACAGAGCAGCCUACUGGCCAGAAAAUCCAGAUUGUGACAGCACUUGAUCAUAAUACCCAAGGCAAACAGUUCAUUCUGACAAAUCACGAUGGCUCUACUCCAAACAAAGUCAUUCUGGCCAGGCAAGACUCUACUCCAGGAAAAGUUUUCUUCACGACCCCAGAUGCAGCAGGUGUCAACCAGUUAUUUUUUACAACUCCUGAUUUGUCUACACAACAGCUCCAGUUCUUAACAGAUAAUUCUUCCUCAGAACAAGGACCAAAUAAGGUUUUUGAUCUUUGCGUAGUAUGUGGAGACAAAGCAUCAGGGCGUCAUUAUGGAGCAGUAACUUGUGAAGGCUGCAAAGGAUUUUUUAAAAGAAGUAUCCGAAAAAAUUUAGUUUAUUCAUGUCGAGGAUCAAAGGACUGUAUUAUUAAUAAACACCAUCGAAAUCGCUGUCAAUACUGCAGGUUACAAAGAUGUAUUGCGUUUGGAAUGAAACAAGACUCUGUUCAGUGUGAAAGAAAACCCAUUGAAGUAUCCAGAGAAAAAUCUUCCAACUGUGCUGCUUCAACAGAAAAAAUCUACAUUCGAAAAGACCUUCGAAGCCCAUUAGCCGCAACUCCAACUUUUGUAACAGAUAGUGAAACUGCAAGGUCAGCAGGACUUUUAGAUUCAGGAAUGUUUGUGAAUAUUCAUCAAUCUGGAAUAAAAACUGAGUCAACUAUGCUGAUGACACCAGAUAAGGCUGUAUCAUGUCAGGGAGAUUUAAGUACAUUGGCCAGUGUGGUUACAUCAUUAGCAAACCUUGGAAAAACUAAAGAUCCUGCUCCAAAUAGUAAUGAAGUGUCUAUGAUUGAAAGCUUAAGCAAUGGUGAUACUUCUUAUACCUCUUUGUGUGAAUUUCAUCAAGAAAUGCAGACUAACGGUGAUGUUUCAAGGGCAUUUGACACUCUUGCAAAAGCUUUGAAUCCUGGAGAAAGCACAGCCUGUCAGAGCUCAGGAGAGGGCAUGGAAGGAAACGUACACCUAAUUGCUGGAGACUCAAGCAUAAAUUACAUCGAAAAAGAGGGGCCACUUCUCAGCGAUUCACAUGUAGCUUUCAGGCUCACCAUGCCGUCUCCUAUGCCUGAGUACCUGAAUGUGCACUACAUUGGGGAGUCUGCCUCCAGGCUGCUGUUCUUAUCAAUGCACUGGGCACUUUCAAUUCCUUCCUUCCAGGCUCUAGGACAAGAAAACAGCAUAUCAUUGGUGAAAGCUUAUUGGAAUGAACUUUUUACUCUUGGUCUUGCCCAGUGCUGGCAAGUGAUGAAUGUCGCAACUAUAUUAGCAACAUUUGUCAACUGUCUUCACAGUAGCCUUCAACAAGAUAAAAUGCCAGCAGAAAGAAGAAAAUUAUUGAUGGAACACAUCUUCAAACUACAGGAGUUUUGUAACAGCAUGGUAAAACUCUGCAUUGAUGGAUAUGAAUAUGCCUACCUGAAGGCAAUAGUACUCUUCAGUCCAGAUCAUCCAGGCCUAGAAAACAUGGAACAGAUUGAGAAAUUUCAGGAAAAGGCUUAUGUUGAAUUCCAAGAUUAUAUAACCAAAACAUAUCCAGAUGACACCUACAGGUUGUCUAGACUACUACUUCGAUUGCCAGCUUUGAGAUUGAUGAACGCUACCAUCACCGAAGAACUGUUUUUCAAAGGUCUCAUCGGCAAUGUUCGAAUUGACAGUGUCAUCCCACAUAUUUUAAAAAUGGAACCUGCAGAUUAUAACUCACAAAUAAUUGGUCACAGCAUUUGAAGGCUGAGAUCUCAGUUUAAAGUGAUUGUUCUUUCCCAGAACACAAGAGGACACCAAAUCGAACUGAUUCCAGGGCAUCUGGAAAUUUUUACUUUAAAAGAGAAACCAAAAACCAAGAUAUUUUGAUUUUACUUCCUUAAGAAGAAUGUUUGAAGUGACUGAGCAGGUAGCAGGAAGUAGAAUUUCCUUUCCUGUCUUAUUUAAGUGAAUAAAAAAUACUAUCAAUUAAUUCUUGGUUAAGAUGACACCUAAAGCUGCCACCUCUUGGCUAAGAUUUCUCCUUUUAUUUUAUAAAACAAAUAAAUAAGUCUCUCUUUUUUUUCCCCCAGAAUUGUGUUCUAUUCAUGUUUACUUUCAUUAUGAACUAGUACAAACACUUAAUCGCUAAGAAGGAUCUUCUUGCAUUUUACGCAUCUAAAAUAUAAUCUGUUUUAAUUAUCUGUCUAAAGAAGACUAUUUUAUGCUCAGUGGUAUAAUGAAAACACUGGGACUAUAGGAGAUAAUAAUUGAAUAUAAAUAUUUUUUUGUUUUUUGUAAAUAUCAUGGCACCAUUAGCAUUUAUCACCCUCAUUGCUGGCAAUGAGACAUAGGCUAUUUGUGAUCUUACGAGCUGAUAUUUUUAGUGUUGUGUAUUAUUAGUUAUAAGCACUUUUUAUUUAUGUAUGUAGCAGAAAAUUGUUUUUGAGAAUAAGGUAGGGUUCAUGUUUUAAUAUUUUUGGUUUACUGUGUUGUAAAAGUAAUAGAAACUGAUCGAGCGCCACAACUUUCAGUAUUUCACAAUAGAUAUUUAAAUUGUUGCUGUUUAUUCCACAGAAAGCAUCUGUCAUCUCUCCCUCUUUUCUGACCUGCAUUUAGUUUCCUGACCCUUCAUGGGAUUUAGCCAGUUUCUUUUAGGUCACUGCAAAUACCUCCUUUGUGAAAGUGGAUUUAUCAUAGCCAGUCUGUGUUUUCAAGGUGAGUUAGUUAUUUUAAAGCAAUUGAUAAUUUUUUGAGACUUCAGUUGUUUAAUAUAUGGAGGAAUGUGCACUGAUUUUUCACUCUAAAGGGGAAAGGGCUGUUUUAGCAAUAGUAUGAGCAUCAGCCUGAAGCACUGCCUUGUUCUACCACAAUGGAAACAUUGUAGAUUCCUUGAAUGUCUUCCACAAUAAUGUUUUCCUUAGCAGAACAUGAUACUGUUAAGUAUUUCUUUGCUAUAACUUCGUGAGAAAUUACUUUGUUAUCUCUAUUUGAUUUUUUAAAAAUACAGAUAUUUUAUUGCACUCGAACAUUUUUUACAAAGAUUUUGCAGUAGAAGAGAAGCAGAAUUUGGGGGAAGAGUAUGGAUUUUACUAAUUGCUGCUUUAUAGUAAAUCAGAAGUUUUAAAGUAUCAAUUUACAGUCUUUACCAACUUAAGGGAAACUUUUUUUCCCUAUUUAAAAGGUGAUUUUUGUCAAUGGGGUUUUUUUUUUCCUAUAAUUACAGCUGGGUAAACUACAUUUAGUACAGAAUACUCAAAUGGAAAAAUCAGUAGGUUUAUACCUUUAUAAACCCAAUGAAGAAAGCCAAGGAUUCAAGAAAUUCUUUUAAGUAAUGUACUAAUUAAGAUACAUGUUUGAAGUAUUUUUCCUGAUUACAUUUACAGUUGUAUUUGGAAGUGUUUUUUAAAAACUACAUUAAAAUGUGGCCUGCAUUACAAA